AUGGACUCUGGGUGGAAGUACGAGCCGCUGGGUCAGAGCGAGCCGGACGUUGUUCGGACGCGCAAGCCGCAACGGUCCUUCCAGCGACACCUGGGGCUCGCAGUGCUCGGGCUUGGCGCGCUUUGCUUCGGUGGUUUCUACGUUCACCACAGUAGUAAAGUAGAGCUCCCCGAUGCUUCCUCGCACAACGGAGUCCAGGACCAGCCUCUGCGUCAAUGCCCCUCGAAUUUGCCCCCACCGGCGCAACCGCCGGCACCCACCAAUCCGUGGUCUUCCUUGACCGUAGACGAUACGACCGAGAUCGCGCGAUGGCUCGAGUCUGACUCCCUCGGACUCAACCUCACUCUGAGCCACAACGCUCAGCUUUCAGACAACUAUAUCUUUCAUAUCGACGCCUUGCGCCCUGCCAAAGCCGACGCGUUAGCGUACCUCAACGCCCCAAGCGAGAAGACGGCCCCCGCUCGCUAUGCUCGCGUCACUAUUCACCAUGGUUCCGCUGCGGAGCCGUACAUUCAGGAUUACAGGGUUGGGCCGCUGCCGUGCACGGGCGAAACCAAGAUCGAACCGUUGACAGAGAUUUACCAUCGCAACCCCAUUCCGUACCACGCGAGGGGCUUCUUGGACCCUCGUGAACUUGCGCCGUUGGCACGCAAGAUCAUCGCUCCUUUGGCGGAGGUAACUCAGGAUCUCUUUGGCGGAGUCGCACUUGGCUUUGAGAAUGACACUCUUGUAACUGGUGCCAGUGGGCCAUGGUCAUUCGAUGGAUCGUUCCGCCGGUUCUGGAUAUCAUGGAGGCGUAACGUACCCGGGCCUUGGCUUCACCCCGUGAACUUCUUCCAAUACGUCGAUGUGUCUGGCACGGAUGCGGAGCAGUGGAAGUUGCUGAAGAUCGUGUACAACCAUCAAAUCUUUGGGUCUGUCGAGGACUUCCUGGCUGCCUACCACAACGGCACGCUGAAAAAGCUCCCUGAACGACCAGACCAGCACGAAGAUAUCGAUUGGUCAACCCGUAAGCGUCUCGGUGCUCAAAGAGACCUCGACCACCUUCCUGGUCCGAGACAGAUUUCCUUCGGCGGACUGAGGUUCAGGAUUGACCGUAAGAAUCACUACGUAAGCUGGUUGGGUUGGGGAAUGUAUCUGGGUUUCGACCGGGAUAUGGGAAUGAGUCUCUGGGAUCUGAGGUUUAGAGGCGAGAGGAUUAUCUACGAGCUCUCGCCGCAGGAAGCUAUUGCGCAGUAUGCGGGUAACGAUCCUAUGCAAGCUACCACGGCAUGGCUUGACCGCUUCUUUGGCAUGGGGUCCUCCGUCCGUGACAUGAUCCCCGGAUACGAUUGCCCGUACGAGGCAGUAUACCUUUCCGCAACUACGCACUCCGCUCGCGGCUCGAUGGUCCGCGAACGUGCCAUCUGCAUCUUCGAGCACGACACCGGCCGCCCAAUUACGCGUCAUACCGGGUACUCCGAGGGCGAGUUCGGCGCUGCUAGGGGCUACGUGCUCGUACUGCGGAGCAUCAGUACGGUCGGAAACUAUGACUAUCUGUUUGAUUACAUGUUCCACAUCGACGGUACCAUUGAAGUCCGGCUAUCCGCGUCUGGCUAUCUCCAAGGCGGCUUCUGGGAAAGCAAGCAGGAAGGCUACGGCACCGCGAUACGCGACACGACUAUGGGCUCCUUGCACGAUCACGUCAUCAACUUCAAGGUCGAUCUCGACGUUGCUGGCGAGAAAAACUCGCUCUUGAAAACGACGACGAACCGGGAGGAAAUCACACAGCCCUGGUUCGACGAUGAUUGGGGCCAGACUGUCAUCCAACAGAGGAUAUCCCGAGAGUAUAUCCAGGAUGAGAACGACGCGCUCCUCAAGUACCCUCUCAACUUCCAAGGGAACUACGCGCUCGUCAACAAGGAGGAACUCAACCAGUGGGGAACCCCCAGGGGUUAUGCCAUUCAUCCCGGAUACUCCCCUGUGCAUAACACGAUUGUGGGGUCCAAGCGUCUGCUAGAGAACGCCAACUGGGCGCGGUACAAUCUCGCCGUAUCGAAACGCAAGGAAACGGAACCGAUGAGCAGUUCGAUGUGGAACCUACAUCUCCCAGGAAAUCCGAUGGUCAAUUUCCACAAUUUCUUCGACGGAGAUAACAUCACUCAGGAGGACCUGGUCGCGUGGGUGAAUGUCGGCAUGCACCAUUUACCCCAAGCGGAGGACUCACCGAACACUCGGACGAACACUGCUACAUCCAGCUUCUUCCUGACACCCCUCAAUUACUUCGAUUGGGACGUGUCCGUCGAAUCGUCGAACGCCAUCCUUCUCAGCGCCCCUGACGUGCCCGGCGGCAGCUAUAAAUAUGAUGAUUACGGCGUCUCGCCUGUGGAAUGUGUUCCACCUCCCCUCGCGCCUUUCGAGUACAAGGGUUUGAAGGCCUUCGGUAGCGAUGGCAGGCCAGCCCCGCUGAAGGACACGGAGGAAUUGAGGAAGGAGGCAGAGCUGUUCCACCGCAUCAAAGUCGAACUUUGA